GAAGCAGGACGGAAGACCACAGACCAACUAUUUGAGUUUAAGAUACAUGAAGGCAUUCGUCUCGGUGCUUAAAAUGUAUUCGGUUGCAGUUUUCAUCCUGCUGUGGACGGGACUGAACAGCGAGAUCCAUUCUCUCACUUACAUCUACACGGCCUUCUCCAAACCUCCCGGUCUCCCGGGCCUCCAUCAGUUCACAGGCAUGGGUCAGCUGGACAACAAGAUGAUUGAUUACUUUGACAGUGACUUGCAGAAGAAAGUACCCAAACAGGACUGGAUGGAUAAGCGACUGGCUGCAGAUUACUGGGAGAAAGGCACACAGUCCCGCCAGAGCAAGCAGCAGUGGUUCAACGUCAACAUCGACAUUCUGAAGAGACGAAUGAGACAGAACGACUCGGAAGUCCAUGUUCUUCAGUGGAUGCACGGCUGUGAGGGCGAAACCCAGCCCGACGGCAAGAUGAAGUUCAGACGUGGGAAGGACAUGUACAGCUAUGAUGGAAAUGACUUCCUGGCCUUUGACGACAUCCAUGAAGUCUGGGUUGCCCCAGUUCAAGAGGCACAGGAGACCAAGAGAAAGUGGGAUGAAGUCCAGGUCCUAAAAGAAUACACCAGAGGCUACCUGGAGAACGAGUGUAUAGAUUGGUUGGGCAAGUUCGUGGAGUACGGGAAUAAGGAGCUGAAAGAGGCCUCUCCACCUGAAGUGCACAUGUAUACAAAGAGCAGCCGUGUUGAGACAAACGUCUUUAUGGUGUGCUGGGCCACAGGAUUUCUACCCAAAGACAUAGUCUUGAACAUCAAGAGAGACGGCCGCGUUCUGGACGCCAUGGACGGAGUGAUGACCUCAGGCGUUCGACCAAACGGAGACGAGACCUACCAGAGAGUUGACAAAGUGGAGAUUUUGAAGAGCGACCAGGCAAAAUACACUUGUGAAGUGUACCACCCGGCAUCUGGGUUACGUGUUGAGGACGUUUGGGAUCUGGAAGUUCCCAGCCCUGAAGAAACCCACACAGAUGUUCUUCCUGUUGUUCGGAUCAUAGUCGGGGUCGUGGGGUUGAUCACUGGUACGCUGAUAGUGGUCCUGUGCGAGAGAGGCUUGAUCGGGUGUAAAAACAGGGACUCCUCCGUAGAUCCAGACAACGAAAACGCCAGCCCAGACAAAGAUGACCACGCCCUGUACGAGAACGUGGAGGAAGCAGUGUGACAUUCCAGAGUACGAAGCCUCAGUGUGCAGUUUGAAACCAGGAUUACCAUUAAAACUAACAUCAUUGCUUAUGCACUGUAAUCGGAAACUGUUGGAACUGUUACAUUGAAAAGAAAAAGUAACACAAGCUCAAUUUUUUAAGUUGAAAAAGAUUCUUGAUUGAACAGCUUUUUACAGUAAGUAUAUAUAUUUUUAUGUCUGUUUACUGUUUUAUGUGGCUGCACCUGUAUAUGCAGUUAUAAUUGUCUUUUGUCUGUUCAUAUCUGUUGUUGUUGUAAAUAAAAUAUCAAUCAUAAAAACAAGAA